CACUUUUCGCCCAAAGCAGUUCGUCACUUCACUCUUCGUCUUCCUCACUGCAAAAUCUUCAACUACCACCAUCUCAGUCUGACGCCCAAGAGCCAUAGAACAAUUGAUCGCACGGGAAAAAAAAAAUAGAAAACAAGCAGAAGGGUGUGAUCUGCAGAUUUGUAAACCUGUAAAUCUUCAGAUUUGUAAGCAAUUACUAGUUUCUGUAAAUCUGUAAAUGAGAUUUGUAAAUCUCUUCCUCUUCCUCCAAUAAUCGUUUAUUUACUGGUUUCUCUUGCUCCUUUCAAAAUCAAGUUCUAAUUAGCUACUAUAAAUAUGCAGAUUAACAGAUUUAGAUAAGAGAAAUAGAUAUCAAGAUUAAGCCCCCUAACGGUUUGACAAAAGUCUGAGUUUAAAAUGCUCUUAAAAUUAUGUAACUUAACCCAUGUUUGUACUCAAAUGAACACCAAAUCCCACGUAUGAAAAAAUGAUCAACAGAAAAAGAGAGAAGCUAGUUGAGUUGAGCUAUACAGGUGGCAGCGACGGAUGAACGUUUCUCACAGUGCGGCAGUUCAUGGAGCGGCAAUCUGGGGAAGGGGUUUCGCACAGGGGCGAGAGGGAGGUGCCAUGCGAGAGCUCCCGUGUGAUGAGAGGAGACGAAGCCAAUAGGUGGGUGCCGUGCGAGAUCCUCUAUGUCGCGGGAGGAGAUGAAGACGAACGGGCAAAGAAAGGUGUUGCGAGUUCCAGCCAGGGGGUGCGAGAGGGGGCGACGGGAUUGCCUAAUUCUAAUCAGAUGUAGUGUAACUAUACCAUAGAUGUAAUGGAAUGCCUAGGUGUCAAUUAGUUAAUGGUGAGCUGCUCUUCGGCUGAAAACAGCCGGACCAUUUAUAAGGUUUGCUCUUACUUUAUUCGCCCUUCAAAUUUCUCUCUCUAUAAAAUGACAAUCCAAUAUUUUUCCGCAUUCGCCCUCCCGUGUCCAACAAUAAUACACUCAUCUUCACAGAGCUGAUCAACUUUUAACUUUCUGUUCUCCAUGGCAACAAGCUUUCUCUCUCUCUGGGUUCUCCUUCUGCUCCUGUAUCCCGUAAGGCCCGAUGUGGACGAUGCCGAUACCUUGUUGAAUGGGUUCAGCCGAGGGUUCGGUGCUGCAAGCAACAACAUGAGCUUAAACGGCAUUGCAUCCAUUGAGAACAAUGGCCUAAUUCGCCUUACAAAUUACACGGGCAUGGAACAAGGCCACGCGUUUUAUUUCCGCCCAAUUCAACUCAAGAACUCCAGCGGCAACGCCAUGUCCUUCUCUACUUCCUUCGCUUUUGCUAUAGUCAACCGGCCUGCGGAACCAGGCGGGGAUGGCCUCGCGUUCACGAUCUCUGCUUCAAAAGAGCUUCUUGGGAGUGCGGCGGGCUCUUUUCUUGGCCUAUUCAACGCCAACAAUAGUGGUCGUCACUCGAACUACAUAAUCGCUGUCGAAUUCGACACUUUCAAGAACAAUGAGUUCAAUAAUGAGCAGAAUGGAAACCACGUUGGCAUCGACAUCAACAGCAUACUAUCGAACGUAUCUGUUCCGGUCCAGCAAUUUCAGGUUGGUAGUGACACGAACAAGGUUGACCUUAACCUGACAAGUGGUCUGGUAAUUCAGGCAUGGAUCGACUAUAAUUCUCCACUAAAUCAAUUAGACGUGAGGAUUGCGAUGGAUUCUACCAAACCCAGGUCUUCAAUUUUGUCCUAUAAAGUAAACCUCUCACAGUUUCUUCAAGAAUCCAUGUACGUAGGGUUUUCUGCAGCCACUGGCGCAUUCACAAGCUCGCAUUAUAUACUCGGUUGGAGCUUCAACAGGAAUGGAGUUGCCAGAACUAUCAAUCUAGGCCAACUACCCAAGAUUCCUACUAACACCAAAAAGAAUCACACAGGCCUAAUUGUUGGCGUCUCGGUUUCAUGCGUUUUGGCUGUGAUUUUGGUGACUGCUUUGGCUUUUUACAUCAUCUGGAGAAUUAAGACGGCUGAUGUGAUUGAAGCCUGGGAGCAUGAUAUUGGUCCUCAUAGAUUUCCUUACCAGGAGCUGAACCAAGCGACGAGGGGUUUCAGAGACAAAGAGCUAAUUGGGUCUGGUGGAUUCGGUCGAGUUUAUAAAGGAGUCCUGCCAAAUUCCGAUACCCAAAUUGCUGUUAAGCGUAUCUCCCAUGACUCAAAACAGGGUUUGCAAGAGUUCGUAUCAGAGGUUGCUAUUAUUGGUCGUCUGCGCCACAGAAACUUGGUUCAAUUACUGGGUUGGUGUCGUCGGGAAGCUGAUCUACUUCUUGUGUAUGAUUUCAUGCCUAAUGGAAGCUUGGACAGGUAUCUCUUUGAUGAGCCUAAAGCAACCCUGAGCUGGGAGCAAAGGUUCAAGGUCAUCAAAGGAGUGGCUUCAGGGCUUCUCUACUUACAUGAGCAGUGGGAGCAAACUGUAGUUCACAGAGACAUAAAGGCAGGAAAUGUUUUAUUGGAUUCUGAGUUUAACCCAAAGCUGAGUGAUUUUGGUCUUGCCAAGCUGUACGAGCACGGGUCCAAACCAAGGACUACCAGGGUGGUCGGCACGCUGGGUUAUUUGGCACCUGAGCUCACGCGCACAGGUAAGGCUACAACCAGUUCGGAUGUUUUUGCCUUUGGUGCUCUGUUGCUCGAAGUCGCAUGUGGUAGAAGACCCAUUAAUUCCGAUGCAUCGUCUGAGGAGUUCAUGCUGGUGGACUGGGUGUGGCAGAAGUGGAGAGUAGGAGCAAUUCUUGGUGUUAUGGACCCAAAGUUGGGGGGGAAAUUUGACGUGUCUGAGGCCGUUUUGGUGCUUAAACUUGGCUUAAUGUGUUCCAAUGAUGCACAGGAGGCACGCCCCACGAUGCGACAGUUGGUGAGGUACCUGGAAGGUGAGUUGGCGCUACAGGAGGAGGUGGCGGAGCCAUAUAGGAAAAAAGUACGUGGUGCUACUGCUACCGAUUCUUUUGAGAAUUUCUUGAAAUCCUUUCCGACUACGUCGUCGUAUUCUCAGAAGGAAAGCACGUGGACUUCUGUCUGUAACAGUGGGAGUGGUGAUGCUGAAACUGGUUUGACCCCGCCAUUUUCAAUUUUCAACAAAAAGAGACCAGGAGUUAGGCAUGAGAUUUCGAAGCUCCUCUGCUCUCUCUCUUUUAUUUUUUAUUUUUUAUUCUUUUUUCUCUAUUUAUUUUUUGUUCAUAUGUGUUCACAAUAUUAACACUUUUGUCAGGCAAAGCAGCGUAUAAGAUUAAGAAGAAUCUUUGAUCCUGUCUCUGGAGGUUUUGCUGAUUUAGAAGGAACGUAAGACCCUACAGCUAGCUGGAAAUUAUGAUGGAGUUGCCUACAUAUGUUCCAUGGACGUUUAAUUCUAGGUAAUUAUGGGUGGAAGUACAAGCGCUUGUUCUGAGAUAUGAUUCCGUCAAUAAUACUUCGAUUAUAUAUGUCAUAUGGUCUUUUGUAAAUGUAUUUUAUGCUAAUCAAUUACGACUCCAAGUAAGUGGAUAUGGGCAUUUAAAAUGUAAAAGUAGCUUUGAUAUCUGACGUGGCUUAUAUUAUUUUCCAUUUUUAAUCUGACGCAUAAGCGAUCGAAGGAGCUUGUGCUGUUGUUGUGGGUAUGGAUUGGGAGAAGUGUACUUUAGGGACAGUUCGUGAUGUUAUGGAAUCGAGAUCAGAUCCGAGGGUUUGGUUUA